CCACAAUAUAACUUCGGCCCACUGACGUCGUCGCUGUCGGGAGUGAACAUGGCAGGGGCGAGUUGGGGAGAGAGAGUCGCAGACAAGGUGUUCUCUCUCUAUAACUCUCUCCCAAAUAAAGGAAAGCCUCAGGGCCGUGAAUUUACCGUCUUGGCCGCUUUUCUCCUCUCUUCUCCUUCUCAAGAGCCGGAAGUUGUAGCAUUGGGAACUGGGACCAAGUGCAUCGGGCGCUCGCACCUGAGCCCGUACGGAGACGUUGUUAAUGACUCGCACGCUGAGAUUAUCGCACGGAGAGCUUUACUGAGGUUUUUCUAUGCACAGAUUCAAUGUCUUGCUCAUUUUCAUAGCAAGCGGAAUUACAUUGAUGGAAGCAACAAGUUGCAAGGUUUUGAUAUCAACGGCUUGCCUUUUCAAUUAGACGCUGAUAGUCUUGGCAAAGUAAAGUACACAUUGAAGCCGGGUUGGCAAUUACAUCUUUACAUAUCACAACGACCAUGUGGGUUUACUUCGCCCAGUUGUCUGUUGUUUCCUCCCAAAUGUAACACAUCAAGAGAAAGGGAUUCACAACCAUAUAUGGGCGACCUCAACAAUUCAAUAAGCGAACCUUGCGAGGUUUCGGUAAAGAAUAAUGGUGUUGCUUCACAACACGUUGGUUCAGUUCAGAGAAAGCAUAUUUGGGGUGAUACAACGUCACCAGUUAGCUGCUUUGACAAGAUAGCCCGUUGGAAUGUUGUGGGAGUUCAAGGAGCGCUGCUUUCCUACUUUCUUCUGCCUGUUUACCUUUCCUCUGUUACUGUUGGAGGAUCCCGAAACAGGCCUAAAAAGUUUCACUUAGAGGAUCGCUUGAGAAUAGCUUUAUAUGAUCGAAUCCAACCAUUGUUGAAGGAGAUAAUGAGCCCCUUUCAGGUGAACCAGCCACUAUUCUGGUCAGCCCCAAUACCACCAAAGGAGUUUCAGCAUCCAUUGAGUACCUUAACAUGCGGGUAUUCAAUAUGUUGGAAUAAGUCUGGCUUGCAUGAAGUCAUUAUUGGAACCACUGGAAGAAAGCAAGGCACCCCUGCCAAAGGAGCACUUUCUCCAUCUACAGAGUCAUCUCUAUGCAAGUAA